CCUCCCCCUCCCCCUAAACCCUCUUUCUUCUCUCUUCCCUUUUAAUGCUCAAAACCCAAACGAAAGAAUAAAGAAAUUGCAAGGCAAGACAGACCCAGAAAGGGGAAGAGAAAGAAUUCAUAUGGAGGAGCAAAAGAGCAGGAGCAAGCAAGAUAUGAAGAGGACCCGGAUAAAACUUGGCGGUGGAGAUGGCAUUGGAGGGGUGGUGGUGUUUGGAGGAGCCUUGGCUAUUGCAGGUUUGAUUGCAGUUUUCGCAUUCAAAAAUAGAAGAAUGAAGGAAGCCGAUAUUAACCCAAGAAAUCCCAACGAUGUAUCCAAAGAAUCAAAGAACAAAAAAAGAGAAGAUGAAGGAAGUGAAGGGCUGCGCUUCAUUUCUCAAACCUCGUAUUAUGGUUCAUGUUUGACAAGCCAUGGAACGCCACAGACGAGCGUUACCCAGAUUGAUCCCUGCGAGACUUUGGUGUCUGCCAAAUGUUUAAUCAUGGAAGAGAAACCUAGGAAUGAAAUCAGCGAAGAAAACGAGGACUCCUUGAGCGGUCAUCAAGAGAUCGUUAUUUAUGAUUAUUCAACACUAGAAAGCAUUGAUUCCUGCGAUGAUUGUGGUGUCGUGGGAAAAUGUUCGUUGCUAGUGUCGGAGAGUCCUAUUUUGAUUGAAGAAACAAUGGUGAAGAAUGAUUCCGACAUGGAGGAGAACAACUCGAUAUCAAUCAAAACCAUUGAAGAUGAAAAGGCCGAUGAAGCUUCUUUGAUUGUCCAUGCAAAAGAUAAGGCUGAACACGAAAAAUCAACAACUCAAUCAGAUGAAUAUCUGCUUGUUUAUAAAGAAGACGAGGCAGAACACGAAAAAUCAGCAGCUCAAUCAGAUGAAGAAGAAGAAGAGAGAGACUAUGAGGAAGGAGGCAUUGUGGAGGACGGCGAGGAAAGCUCGGAAGGUACAACAGGGGACUCUUCCAUGGAAUCGAAUACCGAAGCAAUUUGGCCGGCAGAGUUGAUAUUGGAUUCAUCACAAGAAUUGGAGCAAGCAGACUUCAUUUUUCAAAACGCUGUUGAGAAAACGGAGGAAGAAGAAGAUGAAACAGCUAAACUGGUCAAGCGUAAUUACUUUAACAGCACAGAGAAUGGCUAUGCCUUGAAGUAUGAAGCUGCUGAAGAACCCACUAUGAUUUGGAAGGAAACGCACGAGCCAGUGAAGGUAAAUAAUCAACCAGCACGCUCAUCGAAGUUAGGGAUUUGGGUUUUCUCAAUAAUGCUGCUGCUGCUGCUGCUGCUGUUACUUGCUUUCAACGAUCAGGAGGCUGUCCCAACACCUACCAUGUCAUAACUCUCAUUGCCCGGGAAUCGUAGAAAGGCACUAGGAAGUGUAUUUAAUUACUUUAGGUCAAAUAAGAACAUCAAAGUUCUUGACAAAAAAUACUAUUCUCCAGUUUUGACACUUGCAUCUUUGUGUUCAUAAUGUUCCACGCGAAUUUAAUCGUGUAUUAUCAAGAUGAUCUUGCAAAAACCAAGCAACUGGGGAUCAUAAACAAGUAGAAACCGUCCCAAGAAGACUGAUUUCAUGGAAGAUUCAACAUCAAUAUAAAGGCAUCGAAAAUUUGGAGAAAUUUAUUAGCCAAAGGCCAUGCGGCCCAUGCCUAACAAGAUCGAUUAGGUACAGCGCAACGUUUAAAAGUUCUAAUGACAGGAACUUUUACAGUAAGGAGGCAAGACAGAUUACAGAGCACUGACGCGAGAGCACCGCAGUCUAACAACCUAUUAGCUAUGAAAAUUGUCGACAUAGGUGCUGCUCUUGUAUAUGUCCAGUUCAAAUUUCUUCUUUACUGAUAGAAAAAAGACCAAGAAAACUGUCAUAAAGUCAUUGCACACCCUAAAACUUCCAUCAAUAUUGAAACCAGGCAAUCAUUACGCUUCCAUUACCGGGGGCAUUGUUGAGAUGAUGCGUGCCCUUGAUGGGUGUACCUAUACGAGAAGCUUAUCAUGCACGCUCAAUGGGACUCAAUGGGGGAGAGGAUAAUCAAUCGACUCAUAGUUGAUCGAGGAAAAAGAAUUUAUAAAGCAAGAAUUCCUUACGACCCUUACUAUAAUUGUUUUGCUACUCUGUCCUCUCAAUUAUCUUUACAAAGCGUAUACCACUUACCCUAUCACUCUUGUUUCUAUAUACAGUGCCCUCAAUCCACAGACUAAGCUCUUUGGCUGCAGCUUGGUUUAUUUGGUAAUGAGUGUCCAAACAAUAGAUGAGAACUAACAAAAUACCCAAAAUCUAGGAUAUAA